AUGUACAAGGGCCCUGUGAAUCUCCCCGACCACUCGAGCCAAGGCUUGCAUCGGGCCCACACGGUGAAAUCCUCGAUUUUCGCGCCGUGGAGCUUCUCGACCGAAAACCCGAGGUCCCACACGGCUGUAUUAAUAUUAUUCGUCUUGUUGUUGGUUGUCGAUAGGGAGACCGACUCGAUUUUGAAAGUCGGGAGGUCGUGCUUCUCUUUAUUCUCUGCGAUUAAACCUACGGUAAAGAUUACAAAAAAAAUUAAAACACCCGCGAGUAUGAUGACGCAGCACACGGCGUGGGAUAUUGUUUUAUUUUCAUUAGGUGCUGUUGGUGUUGCCGCCGUGUCAUGGGGGGCCGGAAAGCCUCUGGUGAUCGAAGAAGUUGACGUGGCACCACCUCAAAAAAUGGAAAAUGUUAUAUUUGUAACACCUCAUUAG